AUGAAGACCUGGGAGCUUCUGAUAAACGGUUCACCAUUUAUCUUUGCUUCAGCGGCAGCGGACGGGCCAUGCACACAACCUAAAGACGGUGGGCGCUGCAGCCUUAUCCUCAAGAGGUGGUAUUUCAACGCGGAUACUGGCAAAUGCGAGGAGUUUUACUACGGCGGCUGUGGCGGCAACGAAAACAAUUUCGAGGACGAGAAAUCUUGCGAGAAGACAUGCGUGGACCCACAUCCACAGGUGCCGGUGUCGGUGCACGAGUUGUGUCAGCGCCCUGCUCACCGUGGACCGUGUCUGGGCAGUUUUCCACGAUUCUACUACGACAAAAUCACGCAGUCUUGCCGUCGCUUCGUCUACGGAGGCUGCCAGAGCAACGGCAACAACUUCGAAUCAUACAUUUCUUGCAUGAAAUUCUGCAUCGACACCGAAAAGCCUUAGUCGAUGCUGAAAAUUACGUAUGCACGAUGGACAAGUGGUAGCGGCGCGGUUAACUUCUCUGAAUAAAUUCGCGCUCCUGGAGUAUUCUACGCGGUUGCAGAAAAUAAAGAAAAAAUUC